AAAUCGUAAAGAAAAGCCGCUAGUUCAUGAUACAUCUACUGUACCUGUUUGAUUUAUAACUAGAGAUUCAAACAUGUCGUAUGUCAGGGUAUUCUCCUAGGGUAAGGACUUGAAGCUUCUUGAAGCCACGAAGACUUUGGUGUUUGUCUACACUCGUAGAUAAGAGGGCGUUAAAAUGAUGUCAAACAGGACCAGGAAGUAAAACGAAGAAAAAAAACCCUGACUUAACGGUCUACUAGAUAAAGUAAUAGUGUAUUUGGUUUUUAAAAUACCGACGUGUAUGGAGAGCGAACUGUUACGAGACCGAGUGAUUUAACAUUAUUAUGUGUAUAUGUGUAGAAGAAUUUCGUAAGAAUUACCAUAUCUAUUGGGAAGAUACUGUGACAUGUCUGUAAGAACCCUCGGCUGGGUGUGUGAUCUCGGGGAUUUGUGAUCCUACAUCUACUACAGAUACAUUGUGCUCACUGGAUUCUGAGGUAAUACUGUUACUAAACAGAGCUUGUGCUUUCAUAAGUAUUUGACCAUUUCUGUUUACAUGUGUUGACAGGGAAAUGGCCUUCAGAACCACGUAUCAUAACAUACUCAGCCAUGACCUGAGGAAUAUCCACGCCGGAAAUGUUGAUUCACGAAUUAUACGAUCACCAUCUAAUCUUCCGAUCAUAUCUCCAUAUGUACACGCUUGUACAACAACGUCCCAGAGGAGAAAUCGGGCUCUUGAAUACAACUAUGAGCAUCGUCUGUAUGUGCCGAGAGCCCCGGCGUUUGAGGUUUUGUCGAAGGAGCGUAUAAAUGAUAUGGUCAACCGGAUGCAUAGACCGAAAACAAGCCACGCUUAUUCCGACGAUGCAAGAUCGGAGUACGACUCUGACUCGACAUUAAAUCGGCAUGUGACGUCACUUUCAGCAGCAGAUAUCAAAAGUUGCAGUGAAAGACUGGCCAAUCAACAGACGGUGGCUACAAAAGUGCGGAAAUGCCUAACCGGAAGUAUUAGAUCAAAAUCAGCAACACCGGAUAUAAGGUCAUCAUGUCCGCGUAUGACCAUGUCAAUUAGUCAAAGAUACUACCCACGUGCGUACAAGCGCUGGUAUGCAAGCCAAUCAACAUGACUUGAAUUUAUAUCAUUAUGUAAUCAGUUAUAUUUUACUACGUAAUGUAUCUAUUCGUAUAGAUGUAAUCAGUCUAUAUUUUAUUUGAAAUUAUGAUUUAGAGAUGUACAGUAUGAUGUUAGGAGUCCGCAUUAAAAUGUUAUAUAUCAUGUAUUUC